AUGAGGGUGGAGAUGGGAUUGAAGAGGAGGGUGGAGAUGAAAUGGAAGAAGAGGUUGGAGUUGAGAUGGAAGAAGAUAAUGAACAGGCGGAAGAAGAAGAUGGGAUGUUACAAGGGCCACAAAACCAAAAUCAAUACCACCAAGGGUGAUAAUUCCCAGUACAAGACGUCAAUGGCUUCGGCUUUGCACGUGACUCAUUGGAGAAUUCUUCACAUCAAGACUUUAGCUGUACAAAAGCAGUUCAGAAGCCACAAAUCAAUACAAUAG